AUGAGACUGUUUUCGCGCAAUCUGAUGGUGGCUAGACCGGCACAGAGGUUUUUUGCCACGUCGCCGUUGAGGUUGAACGAUUCGUUGUUCGGGUCACUGGGAGGAUCCAACAAGGCUGUUGUUGCCGAACCCACUCAGGCCGCUUCAGUCCCCCAAGAAUCAGCGGCUCCAGCUAGUGAUGUUCCAGCGGAGACGAGCGAUCCCUCGGUAGUGAAGUAUCUUGAUCCCGCGAAGGAUGCGGCAUUGCAAGAGUACCUUAACCCAGCACCAAUGAAGACUGUGGAAACACUUCUGUCACCCUUGAAGAGAGAGAUCUACGAGGCAAAUGUGAAAAGAAACGGAUUUUUCAAGAAUGGCGAAGUCGAAGUUGUUAACGGUGAAACCUACAAGCUACAGCUUUCGAAACCCGAAAUAGAGGCUCUGGAGCCCAGUAUCUACCUGAAGUCAUGGAGAAUCAAGUACACUCCCAAGAAGACUAAUAUCGUCCUACGGGCCUUGAAGGAUUUGCCUCUCAAGAAGGCGAUAACACAAGUCCAUUUCAUAAAUAAGAAGGUGACCAAGGAUCUAGACGAGAUGCUGACCCGUGGUGUUGAGCACGCCAAGCGCAUGAACUACGACCCCAACGAUAUGUAUGUUGCUGAGUCGUGGGUCGGAUCAGAUGGAGAAUGGGUCAACAGACCGGAGUUUAAGGGCCGCGGAAGGGUCGGAAUUUUGACUCAUAGAUAUGUGAACAUCAGAAUACUGCUGAAGUCAAAGCAGACGCAGGCCAGGCUGAAUUGGGAGAGACUGGAGAGACUCAAGAAGAAGGCCGUCAAGACUCCAUUGCCCAAUUUAACUGUUAGAGGUCCCGCUCCUGGGUUCUAUAAGUGGUGA